CGAUCAAUGAGAUUUCAACGGGAAUUUAAAAAUGGCUGCUAGAGAAAGACGGAAAAUCGAAAACAAUGUAGUUUUGUGUUGUUUUGUAGUGUAAUGAAGAAAAAUGACUUGAGAAAGCUUCAAGAAUUGAAAAUAACAUCUGUUAGGGUUUUAGAAUGGGAUCCCAUAUAUUUGAUAUUCUCAGACAAGGGAUAUGGGCAUCCAUCACAGGGGGAUGGUUCUUCGACCCGUAUCAAAAUAUAUUCUCCAACACGUUUCAUCUGUAUGUGUGGAUGGGACUCCUGGUCUUCCCCUUCAUUCUCUACCUGACCCUUGAGUCUUCUCUGAUCGUAUGGACCAUAUAUUGUGCAACCAUUGGAAUAUUCUUCACUGUGAUUAAACUCGUCAACUUCAAACUCCAUCAUGUGUUUGACACCAGUGAGGUUAUAGAGGAUGCACCGAAGGAAGAGAAUGCGGAGGACGGGGAUAGCCGUGUGAUUGAGCUCUGUAAUGCAGAAAAUGAGGUGGAGCAGAUUGAGAUGGCCAGUAUCCACCGCACCCCCACCCCGACUGACCCCACCGAGCCUGACAACCUGAACAAUAAUUGUGAAUGUCUCCCCAGGGUAGAAAUCAAAUGUGGAUCUGCUCCUUUGGCAGAACUAGAGAAUGAUGACAUAGAUCAAAAAUCCAUAAAACAAAGAAAAGCAUCUCUAACAAGCAGUAAUGGUGUAGCAGAGUACAAACAAAUUAUGGAAAAAGACCGUAAUCUCCAUCAGGUUACCGUUAAAGCAGAGGUGGAAAUCAAUCGAGAGUUGUCAGAUGGAGAAGUGGAAAGUGGAGAAGUUAAACUUCCACCAAAACGAGAAGACACCGAUUCAGAUUUAUCUCCAGAUGGAGGACCCAAAAUUCGUAAACGUCGCAAAGCCGUAAGACGCAGCAAGAGCGCCCUGGAUUGUAGUCCGGACUCCCCAGUGCCUCGGGCUCACAGAGCUUUUGAAAAACUUGACAGAUCACUACCGGCCAAUUUGUAUACACAGGUGGAGCUAGAGAAGGAGGAGGAAGAGGCUUCCUCUAAUAGAAAAGAUGGAGGUGAAUCAGGCGAUGUGAAGUUAGAGGACCUGGAGGGUUUGGAUGAGGGAAGGGUAUCCCCUUACAAGCAGAGGAUGCCCAGCAAUAAGGCCACCCAGCGACUGAUGAAAUACAGGCGCAGUUACUCUGCAGACGAGGGAGUCCCACCAAGGCCUGUAACUCCCCCACUGCGUGAUGUGUAUAAUUCAGGACUGAGGAAAAGAUCAAACUUAGAAUCAAAAGACAAUUCAAACAAGAACAGCAGUGAACUAUUCCCAGGACUUGCUAAUUUCCAUGCCCCAGACAUCUUGGCCGACUUACCGAGGGACAGUGGUGAUAGUAACUCAAGGAAUGAAACAAGGUGUGAGAGUGACCGAUCGGAUAUAAGUGUUGGGGAAGUCAGGGUGAAUGUGAAGAAGAGAGACAGUACACCCAGCAAGAGGAGCAGGCCGUCCAGUGCUGGGGACAUCAACUCCAACAACGCUGCUGGAGACACAGGCCUCACCACAAGAACUGCUCCUAAAUCUACACGAUCCGGAGGUAUAGGCUCCAAGAUAGUCAAAUUUUUCCAGAAUGGUGGGCACAAUACCAAUUCUCAGGAGAUUGCAUCGGAACAGAGUAGCACUGUGGGUCUGGAUUGUUUGUUUUGUACGGACAGCGAUUCUACUGAGGAUGACAGUAGCCACCCCAAGGACCACUAUCUGUCUGACUCAUCCAGCACAAUGACCAACGAAGGGGAGAGCACUUUUGAUACUAGUCCAGAGCAUCAACCUGUUCGCUCCCGUUCUGUGCCCAACAAAAACCGUGGAAGUCCCUUUGAGGAUUCUGACAAUGUCGAUGAUGAUUCCAGUGAACACAGCACCUCUGCCCCUGGGGCGGGUGUCCUAGUGGUGUCAGAGCAGCAAGAGGUUCCCCCAGCUUCACCCCCACCCUCCCAGAACUCACCUAGGGAGGAUGAGGAACUGGAGAUUCUCAAACAACAGGGGGCCAUUCCCAAGCACUAUCGUAGGCCACUCAACUCCUCCUCUGUGGAGGGUGCUCCAUCAUUAUCCUCUAACCAAGAUCAAGGAGAAAGCACAAGCUCUGAGGAGCUGUCGUACUCGGAAGACUUCCGUCGUAAAAUCCUGGAGAUCCUCAGUGACUCCACUGACAACCCAGACAGAAUGAAGAAGUUGUUUGAAGCUGUGAUAGAAGCAAAAGAUCGUAAAGAAAACACAGAUUUGCCUGGACAGGAAACUUUUCAAAAAAACAAUGAAGAGAAGGUGGAGGGUGGGGAGACCAGUAGGUCAGGGCCAAUAGACGAGCAGGACCCCCAGUCCUCCAAGUCCACCACCCCCACGGAAUGCUGUGCACUACUUCCUGACGCCAAAGACGGUGAAUCGGCCCCGAGACAAAACACCAAGCUCAGCAGAAAGAGAGGGAGGAAGAGAUUAGGGGUGCGACAAAUGCAGCGAAGGGACACGCCUACCAUUAAGACCCCGGUGGGCUCUUCCAUUCAUUCUGCCAAGGACCACAACGACACAAGCGAGGGGGCCGUCCAUUGGUUCCAGGACGAGAGUGGUCAGUGGUUUGGGUACACGUUUGAGGAGAACAGCGCUGGUGUGGCAUUUGUGGCUGAAGAUCUUCCGGCCCACAUGGACAACAUACUUGACAAGAGUUUGAGCAGCAGUGAUGGUUCUGGCCACGAGGACUCUGGAUCCACUGUGAUAUUGGACUGCCCUGAGGGGGCAAAGAAAGAGGACACUUCUCUGGAUCCCCUCAACCCAAACAACCCCACCUUCGACAUUCCAAACUUAAUACGUAACCGUAAUGAGAUGCAGCUUCUCCAGCAGGUGGCGUCCUCGUGCCUGAUGCUCCGCCUCUCUUGUGAUAGUUCUGAUGACUCUGAUAUUCAGACCUUCUCUAAACCCAAAGAGAAAAAACCCAAACAUUUCUACAAACUACAGCUUUUUCAAAAGACGUUUCUGAAGAUUCGAUUUGAUCGAUUAGCAUUGCUGGCUCUCCUAGACAGGAAUCUGUCUUUGUUGGAGAAUUUGGUGACUGUUCUGAUUGCGGUGAUCGUGGGGGCCCUAGGGGCGUUAGUCCUGACCCGGAACUUCUACCAUGACAUCCUGGUAUUUGUGUUCUGUUUCAUCAUGGCUGGCUGUCAGUACUCUCUUCUAAAGAGUGUCCAGCCAGAUGCAGCCUCACCCAUGCACGGCUACAAUCGUUUGGUGGUGUUUAGUCGUCCGUUCUACUUCUCCCUUUGCUGUGGCUUGUUGUUACUGCUGGACUAUGCCAUCCCAUACUGUCCAUCAAAACCUAUCUCCGUGUACGGGCUGCCGUUUGGUUCAGUGGAGUCGCUCACAUUCGCCAGAGACCUACUGACAAUUCUGGUGCUCUGUCUGCCCGUGAUAUUCACCAUCGGUCUCCUCCCACAAGUCAACACCUUCAUCAUGUACACCAUGGAACAGAUCGACAUGCACAUUUUUGGGGGAAAUGGCUCCAUCAGUCUCAGUUCCUCUGUGUACUCAGUCCUGAGAAGUCUGGUUGGGGUUGGCUUUCUGUAUGGAUUCUGUUUCAUUGCUAUCGAGGCGGGGGGACCAGUGUCCUGUGACAGCAGGGACCUCUCCCAGAAUGUGGUGUUUUCGGUGUUCUCAGCGAUCCUUGUGACUGUCUCCUAUCAUCUAAGCCGCUCGGCCAGCGACCCCAGUGUGCUGUGGAUGUUGAUCAAAGAUUUGAUCUGGGAAAAGGACAACUCGGAGUCAAGUGAAGAGGAAUUGGUAGAUCCUCUUCCAGAGAAACUCAAGAAGUGUGUGAGCGAGCGUCUUCAGUCGGAUCUGCUGGUCAGUGUUUUCAUCCUCAUCAUCGUGUUCGCGGUCCAUGUCAGCACGGUUUUUAGCAGUCCUGUGUUACAGCCCGUGCUGAGUGACAUAAUGUAUUACAUUGCCGCGGGCUUCGGGUUUCUGGUCCACUACCUGAUCCCUAUGCUGAGGAAGGAGAUGCCCUGGCUCUGCUGUUCUCAUCCGAUGCUCUCCAACAGGGAAAGGAAUCUGUUUGAAGUCACAGUGGCCCCAGAGAUCAUGUGGUUUGAGAAGAUGUACGUGUGGCUGCGAUUCUUUGAGCGGAAUGUCCUCUAUCCGGCGGUCAUCCUGUGUGCCUUGACACAAUCCAGUGCCAAUAUCAUCUGUAAAUUUGGCUCCUAUGUGGGCCCUCUCCUUCUUGUGGUGUGUGCGGUGAAGCUGCUGAGAUUCGCGUUCUGUAACACAGCGAAGCAGUACCUCAUCAUCACCUUCACCGUCUUCUUCUUUAAAUAUGACUACCGCAACGCAUCAGAAACAUUCCUCAUCGACUACUUUGUUGUCUCCAUUCUCCUCUCAAAGUUCUGUGAUUUGAUGCUGAAGAUGAAGUUUAUUCUGACGUAUAUCGCCCCCUGGCAGAUCACCUGGGGGUCAGCCUUCCACGCCUUUGCUCAACCCUUCAGUGUUCCUCAUUCUGCCAUGUUAUUCGUACAAGCAGCUGUCUCGUCGUUUUUCUCGACACCCCUCAACCCGUUCCUUGGCAGUGCCAUCUUCAUCACCUCUUAUGUACGUCCAAUCAAAUUCUGGGAGAAAGAUUACAAUACAAAAAGGGUAGACCAUUCCAACACCAGACUAUCGUCUCAGCUUGACUGUAACCCAGGUGCCGACGACAACAACCUGAAUUCGAUAUUCUACGAGCACCUGACACGUUCCCUUCAGCACAGUCUGUGUGGGGACCUAAUGCUGGGGCGCUGGGGUAACGUAGAGCAGGGAGACUGCUUCAUCAUGGCCUCCGACUACCUCAACGCCCUAGUACACGUGGUCGAGAUGGGUAACGGCCUGGUCACCUUUCAACUCAGGGGGCUCGAGUUCAGGGGAACUUACUGUCAGCAGAGAGAGGUAGAGGCCAUCACAGAGGGAGUGAAAGACAACUGGGGCUUUUGUUGCUGUGAGCCUGGUCAUCUUCCCCAUUUCCUGUCUCUGAACGCGGCGUUCAAUCAGCGGUGGCUUGCGUGGGAGGUGGUGGUCACAAAGUACAUCCUGGAGGGCUACAGUAUCUCCGACAACAGUGCUGCCACCAUGGUCCAGGGAUUCGAUGCUCGACGAGUUCUUCUCAACUAUUAUAUCAUGAGCAUCAUCUAUUACACGGUGAGGUCGCCCCGCCUGGACACCUGGCUGUCCAAUGAGGCGGUGCUGGAGAAGUUACGCCAGACCGAGGAGGAAGACUUCGUGGACCUGGAUCCUAUCUUUACCCAGCCCACCGACGACGACUACGACCCCAAGAUGAAGGGCGUGUCCCGUCACAAGUUCUGCAGUGUGUUCCUCGACUGGGUGCAGUACUGUGCCUCGCGACGAGACAAGAGUAUUGACAGUGGCAAGAACUCAUCUCUGGUGUCCCUGUGUCUGUGCCUCGGACUUCUUGGACGGAGGGCCUUAGGCACCGCGGCUCACAACAAUACCACCGCAGCAGGGGCCGAGUUUUUCCUUUACGGAUUACAUGCCUUGUUUAAGGGAGAUUUCAGGAUUACGUCCCCUCACGAUGAGUGGGUAUUCGCUGAUAUGGAGUUGCUUAGAAGAGUUGUUGCCCCUGCUAUUAGAAUGGCUCUAAAACUUCAUCAGGACUACUACCUGUUUACUGACGAGUACGAGGACCACGAGACUCUAUACAACGCCAUCAGUAACUACGAACAAACUCUAGUCAUCUCCCACGAAGCUGACCCCCAAUGGAGGAACGCCGUACUCUCCAACACGCCGUCUCUUCUGGCUCUACGACAUGUGUUCACAGACACAGAGAUCUCAGAUAAAUAUAAAAUUAUCAUGUUGAACAAAAAAUUCCUGUCCUUCCGCAUUGUUAAGGUGAAUCGAGAGUGUGUGAGAGGUUUAUGGGCAGGACAACAACAAGAAUUGAUUUAUCUACGCAAUCGUAACCCCGAGAGAGGCAGCAUCCAGAACGCCAAACAAGCCCUCCGUAACAUGAUCAACUCGUCCUGUGAUCAGCCAAUCGGAUACCCUAUCUACGUGUCUCCACUGACCACCUCCUACUCUUCCACCCACACGCAGCUGGCAUCAAUCAUUGGGGGGGAAUUCAUUCUGGCUAAUGUCAAAAAAUUCUUCAAGAACACCUGGAUCAGGAUGCGACAGAGAUGUGGCGCCACCUGUACCAGUGGGAGCGCGAGCUGUCCCGAGGAUUUACCCUACACAGUGGCCUGCUCUCACACCGGGGCAGCCAUGACACUGGGGACACGAUCUGUGUUGUCCACUCCCACCAAUCAACAGGACAUCGGACUCCAGACUCUGGGUAACAGAGGAAGCUUAGUCUCCACAGCCAGCUCUGCCAGCAAACCAAACGCUCUGGUGACCCUGGCAGGGUUCAUCUCCGAAACAACCUCUAACAAGGAAAAUGUCACUCAGAAGGUCAAGAUAAUGGACACAAGUUAUGUGUUUGACAAUAUUAACCUUGGGAGGCGAAUUGACGUUCAGUGGCCGAAUGAGGAGUGGAGACAGAGUGGGGGAAAAAGUGGGUGGAACGGUUGGUCGCCGUCGCGGGGCAUGGAGGGGACGGUGGUCCACAAGUGGGUACCUUGUCACCGCGACACGCUCAAACGCUCCCACAUCAACAAAGUCAUAUACCUAGUGCAGAUCUCAGAUAAAUAUGUGCCAAUCUCCGAACAGGGCGUUCUGGACUUAGCUGUUGAACCGGUCAAAACAUAGCGGACUGUCGGCUGACCUAUUGAGGUCAGCACUACUUAUAACAUUCCCAGUUAAUUUACAUACACCAACUGUACAGUACCCAUGUUCUGCUGUAAGCAAUAAUUAUAAAUCAGUGCAUAUCAUCGUGUAUCUUGAGGAGUCCAAGUAAGGUACCCAACGGACAGGGAUCUUGUAAGAUUGUAGUGUGGCUGGGAGACCUGCUUUUAUUCAGCAGACAAGGAGGGGGUACAUACCAAAGUUUUAAGAGUUUUAGUUGUGUCAGGUGCUAUAUAUUCGUGUUUCAUGUUGAAUUCUGAGACUGUGAUAACUAAGACACAAAGCAUUCAGAUUUUUUUUUUAAUCUCAUGAUCGUUGUAGUUUAUUGUCAUUUAUAUUUUACAGAGAAUCAACCAAGAUUGUUAGACUUUUAUCAAACAGAUUUCAUUGUUGUAAAUCUAUCUGAGUUUGUACCAUGGCCGUGGUUGGUCAUAUGAUGAUGGAGUUUGAUAUUGGACUAUUUUUAUUGGAUAAACCAAAAUCAAUAUACAUGUACCAUAUGAUGCUGUAUUCAUGCUGGUUUUUUAGUAGUUGUGCGGCAUUGUGGGAAAUCAUACUUAGGUAUCAAAUCUCUCUACAGAUCUUAAUUCAAGUUUGAUUUUUCUACAUAUCUUCAAAUCAAUAAAGCAAUACCACAGAGGUAUGGUAUCUGAAAAUGUCGAGAUGCACAAAAUAUUAAGGACUUUGUUAGGACUUUGUAAGCAUAUUGUUUCCAUUGCUCUAAAGGCAUACAGCUCAAUAAUUGUAAGAAAUGUUUACAAGAUUGUUCACAAACACCUGAGACCUCCAAGUUUUCACUGUUUUGUUUUGUUAUGAAAUCCUGUCUGUCUGUCUGUGUGUCAGAGUACUAUGAGAUAGUGUCGGGGUAGUUAUGGUAAUGCUUAACUUCAAGGCACUUUUCCAAGAUGUCCGUCCGCCUCAUCAUUCCUGUGGCCAUUAGUCCUGUUUGGUUUGUGUGUCUGUGCGUGUACACAGGAGCAAGGCUUAUCAAGCACAGAGUGCGUAGCCGAUUCUUCCAGUUGAUUUGUAUAUUGUGUGGCCUGCUUGAAAGUUCAUGGAAAGGUUCAUUAUAGAUUUAAUGCUUUUUUUCAUCCAUGCAAUUAAAAAAUGAUGUCUUACCGGUUCUAUAUCAAGUAUUUAGCUAUAUUUUGUGUGUAUAACCAAUUAAUGUGAUUUGUAAAUCAUGUUUUUAAUGGAAAAGCGCGUGUGUGUGUGUGCAUGCAAGUGUGUGUGUUUAAGGAUGAAUGAGUUGCCAAGUUUACUCCAGUCAUUAUUUACACAAGUUCCAUGGCCCCUUGUAUGUUUCUACAUGUCUGCUUAUCUUGAAUUAAUUAACUUUAUUUGAACUUAAACAACUUUGGGUUACUGCUAACUUUUAUUUUAUUUUAUUUGCACACAUUAUGCAAUAUGAUUUUUGUACAGCAAAUGCGCCAUAAGAAAAAAUUUAAAUAAAAAAGUUAAAUGUUAAUAAGUUUGGUAUACAUGUAAAUACAAGCUGAUACUAUAGUCUGUCCCAAGUUAUUGCUUCAUUCACUUUUUGAUGAUUUUUUAUAAAAAUACACAUACCUGUGAAAGAAAUACAGUUGAAAUCGAUAAAAGGGAAUAUAUCCAAGAUAUCUUCAUUGAACAAUUAUCAUUUUUACUCAUAAAAGUUCACAGGAACGAAAACAAAAUUCUUACGGAGAUUUAUAAUGGUAAAUGUUUACAUCUUUUCUUCAUUCUAAAGUACUCGGGAUACCUCGCGUAAAUAUUCAACGCUAUCAUCGGGGCUUAUUGAUGGCUGAUGCAAUGCAAAAUCCCUGUUGACUUUAUAUUUUUGGAUGUGUAUUGAAACCUGAAGCGGUAGAGGGGGCUUUUCAAAACAGAUAAUCUAAACAUUUUUAAUAUUAGUGGAUGAACAUAGUUUGAGCACAGAGGUAUUUAUGAUUAUCGAAAUACUGUAUCAAGCAAAAAGUGGUGGAAGCAAAAACUCAGGACAGAGUAUAGACAGUUGAUGAGAACUGGACUGUUUGUUGAUUCACACCAUUCAGGGUGUUUGUCUGUGUGUCUGUGCAAGUGUCGGUGUGUGUGUGGAGUUUGGAUAUUGUUGAAGUUACUGUGUAGUACUCUACUGAACGUCUGUCUGAAUGUAAUAUAUUGUUACAAGUUACAUGUAAUACUUUAAUGUGAUUGUAAUUUAUUGUCAUAUAUAAUUUUAAGAUAUAAAACUAACAGAUGUUAAACAUCUCAAUAAAAUACCAAAUCACAAGUAA